AUGGAGAGGUGGAUAGAGCACUACAGUAGCUCACAGGAGAUACUGCUGGUUGGGGAAGGCGACUUCUCAUUCUCUGCUUGCUUGGCUCGAGCUUUUGGCCACGCAUCAAACAUGGUGGCUACUUCUCUAGACUCCCAAGAAUCUCUGUGGGGAAAGCAUCCGAGUUGUGUGUCACACUUGAAUGAGUUGAGGCAGAGAGGAUGCCUAGUGUUACAUGAUGUGGAUGUGCAUGACAUGGACCUGCAUUACUUCCUGAGCUGGAAGAAAUUUGAUGUUAUCAUCUUCAACUUUCCUCAUGCAGGAUUUUACCCUGGGCUUGGUGAAAGUCAUUUUCAGGUCAUUGAGAUGCACAGGCAAUUGCUCAGAGGGUUUUUUGCGAGCGCCCAAGUGAUGCUUUACUCUGGUGGUGAAAUUCAUGUGACAACCAGGGAUGACUUCCCCUAUAAUACAUGGGAUGUGGAGGAACUUGCUGAUGAAGCAAGCCUGGUGUUGACAGAGAAAGUGUGGUUCGAAAAGUCUGACUACCCUGGCUAUCGCAAUAAGAGAGGCGGUAACAUUGACAGCAACAAGUCAUUUCCACUGGGAGAGAGCUACACCUUCAAGUUUGAAGUUGAAUCUGAUUAUGGGUAUUAGUUAGCAAUUAGCACUGAUGUGCUUCUGAGGUAAUAGACUUAAGGUGGUUUACUAAGGCCUAUGGAGAAAGGA